AUGGGUGAGAUGGAGAAAAUGAAAAAGGAGGCUGAGACCCUGAAGACACAGAUUGAGGCAGCCCGCAAGGCAGCCCAUGACACAGACUUGGCCGGUGCUGCCUCUGGAGUGGCCCCUGCACCCACUAUACAGCUGAAGACCAGGAGGACACUGAAGGGUCACCUGGCCAAAAUCUAUGCCUUGCACUGGGCCACAGAUAGCAAGCUAAUGGUCAGUGCCUCACAGGAUGGUAAACUCCUUAUAUGGGAUACCCACUCUGGAAACAAGAUUAAUGCAGUUCCCCUCAAGUCCUCAUGGGUGAUGACCUGUGGAUAUGCUCCCUCUGGAAACCUUGUGGCCAGUGGUGGUCUUGACAACAUUUGCACUGUCUACAACUUGAAGACACCCAUCGUCAAGAUUGUGAAAGAACUGGAUGCACACACAGGUUACCUGUCCUGCGCUCGCUUCCUUAGUGACAAUGAAAUUCUCACUUCAUCUGGUGAUACCACCUGUGCUCUGUGGGAUAUAGAGACUGGGAAGCAGAAGACAGUCUUCCUGAACCAUGUGGGUGACUGUAUGUGUCUAGCUCUGUCCCCUGACAUGAAUACGUUCAUCUCUGGGGCCUGUGACUCUCUGGCCAAGUUGUGGGACAUCAGGGACGGCCAGUGCAAGCAGACCUUCCAGGGACAUACCAGUGACGUCAAUGCCAUUUGUUUCUUCCCCACUGGAAACGCUUUUGUCACUGGCUCAGACGACUGCACUUGCAAGAUGUUUGACAUCCGCUCUGACCAGGAAGUGCUCGGCUACCAAGACGCCCAGCUCAACAGUGGUGUGACAUCGCUGGCCCUGUCCAUGUCUGGUCGCCUCAUCUUCGCCGGCUAUGACAACUUCAAUUGCAACAUCUGGGAUUCCCUGAAGGGCGAGAAAGUUGGAGUGCUGUCUGGCCACGACAACAGGGUGAGCUGCACCGGAGUGCCGCCAGAUGGUAUGUGCGUGUGCACUGGCUCAUGGGACAGCUUCUUGAAGAUCUGGAACUGA